AAAAAAAUAGUUUUCGGUAUAUGACUGGGGGGCAACGAUACGACUUUGAUUUCUUCAUUAUAAAUGAAACACAGUAAUAGACAAUUUGACAAUAUCAGUAAUAUUUUACUAUCUUCAGUUUGAUCAGAAAAAAAAAUAUUUACAUAUGAAUGUGCUACAAAAUAUAAAACCUUUGAGAUGCAUGGUCUCUAUGAAUUGUUGGAAACAUUCCAGAGCAAAGAGAAGCACUUCAUCAGCAACAAAUAUACGAAGAUUGCCAAAAUUUCUUCAAAAUUCUUUCAAUAAUCCUGAGAAAACGGCUAUAGUGGAUUCCAAUGGCGAACAUUCCUAUAGCAAGCUUGCAUGUUUAUCCAUGAAUCUUUCUAGAAAUCUUCCGUCAUUGCAUGGAGAAAGAGUUGCGUUCUUAACUGACAAUGAUGCCUCUUAUGUGGCAUGUAAAUGGUCAACAUGGAUGAAAGGGGGAACUUGUGUUCCCUUGUGCAAAUCGCACCCCAUUAGUGAGAUAGAUUAUGUUUUACAAGAUUCUGAGCCCAAAAUCUUAAUUGCAUCCUCAGAUCAUGCAAAUGGAUUGGAAGAUUUAUCAAAAAAACAUGGGACAGAACUACUUAUACUUCCCAAAGAUUUUAUUGAUCAAUAUUCCGAAGCAGGAAUACUUGAUGACAUAGAUGUGCAAAUGUCAUCACAUGAUAAUGCCUUAAUCAUCUAUACCAGUGGGACAACAGGACGGCCAAAAGGCGUAGUUUGGACUCAUGAUCAUCUGCAAAAACAGAUUGAAAUGAUGUUAGCUGUCUGGGAAUGGGAGUAUAAUGACAGAAUACUGCAUGUUUUACCGUUACAUCAUGUUCAUGGAAUAAUUAAUGCAAUGAUGUGUCCUCUCAGUAUCGGUGCAACCGUAGUUAUGGAGAAUAAGUUCCAACCACAUAAGGUUUGGGAUCAUUUUCUUGGAAAAUUUGAAGAUUUUCCACCCAUAAGUGUAUUCAUGGCUGUUCCUACGAUUUAUAUAAAAUUAUUGCAAUAUUAUGAAAAUAACAUGAAAAGUAAAUCUGAUGAAAUUUUUGAAAAAUGUAAAAAGAUCCGGUUGAUGGUUUCCGGAUCUGCAUCUCUACCUGCAACGAUAUUUGAGAAAUGGAAAACUCUGACUUCUCAUGAACUUCUGGAAAGGUAUGGUAUGACUGAGGUUGGAAUGGCGCUUACGAACAGCUAUCGUGGCCAAAGAAUACCUGGUGCAGUCGGACGUCCAUUUCCUGGGGUUGAGGCCAUGAUUUUAGCAGAGGAUGAAGAGAACAUUGUUGUAGAAGCUGAUUGCAAUGGUGUAUUAAAAUAUCCUGGCAUGAAAGGUCACCAAGGUGAAUUGUUAAUUCGGGGACCAAUAUUUAAAGAAUAUUGGAAACGACCUGACACAACAAAAGAGCAAUUUAGAAAAGAUGGCUGGUUCAAAACUGGUGAUACAGCCAAGUUUGAAGAUGAAUCAUUUUGCAUUGUAGGACGAACAUCUGUUGAUAUCAUCAAGAGUGGUGGCUUUAAAAUAGGUGCUCUCGAUAUUGAGCGCCAUCUACUAGAUCAUGAUAACAUACUUGAGGUUGCUGUCCUAGGGGUUGACGACGAAACAUGGGGUCAAAGGGUUGCAGCUAUCAUCGUACUAAAAGACAAUAAUAUAAGCUUCACCGUCGAGGAUCUAAAACUUUGGUGCUCAAAUAGAAUGCCUCAUUAUAACACACCUACCUUGAUGAAGUUAGUUUUGGAAAUUCCAAAAAAUGCGAUGGGUAAAGUGAAUAAGAAAAGUCUAUUGAAUUUAUUUGAUGAAGAACAAGUAUAAUUAGUUUGAUUGAGGCCUUGAAAUUUAAGAUUUAUGUGAAGUGCCCUCAAUUUAUUCCGGUAUUCUCGUUAUAAUAUAUUAGAGUUUGCUCUACAUGCAUGAUAUUAUUCAAAAAUUUAGUUAUGAUGUCCUUUACUAUAAUCAGAUACAGACUGAGGCAAAGUAAUCUAGGAUAAUACAGUUUUACGUAACAAAAUGCAUAUUCUAUGUGCUUUGGCAUACUGGGCAUAAACUAUAGAAUCUCUAAACUACAUAUGCAUUACAUCAGUCACUGUAUGAGAUGAGAUGAUUAUCGUCAUCUUAACUAAGUCAGGACUUGAUAUUCGUGCUUAUAUCACAUAGUUGGGCAUUGGUAACUUUAAAAAUGCUACUUCAUUUUCGUUUGUUUCAAAACAUGAUUAUCACAAUAUAAAAAAAAUUUGCUUUGGUCUUACCUAUUAUUCUCUUGUUAAAGACGUUUGCUCAAUGCUGCACAAAACACCAAUUCUUGACAGGAAUGGGGUCUUAUAGCUUAUCACUGUAGCUGUUUUUUCGUUUAAUUAAAAACUGCUGUUUUCUAAUUAAAACGUUUAAUAAAAAUUCAUAUUAUUGUUAAUCUAGGUAACUUUGUAUUUCCGUGCAAUAAAUUAAUUCACCUGGUAGCCAA